AUGAACGACUGGAAGGCUCCCAUUGGCAGGGGCGCCGGAGGGGGCAGUAGAAACUACGGGGGUCCAAAUGGCACUGCGGAGAAAGUGGACUACUCGCGGUUGCCGAACGAGGCUGGACCUGGCGAUGAUGGGGAGGGAGACGACUGGAUACAGCGACAGAUCAGAGGACACAAGAGCCAAAUGGAGCACCAGGAUGCACACUUGAGCGAGAUUGGUCAGACGGCAUCGCGUUUAGGGAACAUCAGCUUGGAGAUAUCGAAGGAAUUGGAUCAGCAGAACAAGAUGCUGGAGAACGUGAACACGGACUUUGAGGAGGCAAUAGGAGGCCUUGACGCGGUCACGAAAAAGACGCAGGAGCUCAUCAAGAAGUCAGGCGGGAUGAGAAAUUUCCUCAUCAUCUUGGUCCUCAUUGCCAUCCUGGCCGUUCUCGUUGUCCUCGUGCUCUACACAUGA